UGACCUCUUCCCCCUCUGUGGUAGCUCCUAUACUCACGGAGGAAUGCGGAGGAAUCAGGCGUCUUCUCGUGGUGCUCUGAGAGCUACUGACCCUGUGGGAGGAGUCACUGUAGUCUCAUUUGUUUUAUGUUUAAAGGAGCCUAAUCACGAGCUGGAAAAAGGAGCUGGAAACGCGAAAGUAGUAACUAUGCAGAGAUUUUGACCAUGGCUGCUGAGUCUGAUGUUUUGCACUUCCAGUUUGAACAGCAAGGAGAUGUGGUCUUGCAGAAAAUGAAUCUCUUGAGGCAGCAGAAUUUAUUUUGUGAUGUAUCAAUUUAUAUUAAUGACACUGAGUUCCAGGGGCACAAGGUGAUAUUGGCUGCUUGUUCCACUUUUAUGAGAGAUCAGUUUUUACUCACACAAUCAAAACAUGUCAGAAUCACCAUUCUGCAAAGUGCAGAAGUUGGCAGAAAAUUGUUGCUCUCUUGCUACACUGGAGCACUUGAAGUAAAAAGGAAAGAGCUUUUGAAAUAUUUGACUGCUGCCAGUUACCUUCAGAUGGUUCACAUUGUGGAAAAGUGCACAGAAGCUUUGUCAAAGUAUCUGGAAAUUGAUCUAUCUAUGAAAAACAACAAUCAACACGCUGACCUGUGUCACUCUUCUGAUCCAGAUGUUAAGAAUGAAGAAGAAAGUUCUGAUAAGGACUGUGAGAUAAUUGAAAUUUCAGAAGAUAGCCCUAUAAACAUAGAUUUCCAUGUUAAACAAGAGGAAGACAAUGUGUUACAGACCACAGUAGAAAGCUUGACAUCAGAGAGAAAGGAAAUGAAGUCACCAGAGCUAUCCCCAAUAGAUGUGGGUUUUAAAGACAAUGAAAUUUGUAUCCUUCAUGUGGAAUCUAUCAGUACAGCUAGUGGAGAAAAUGGGCAGUUUUCACAGCCUUGUACCUCAUCAAAUGCAAGCCUGUAUUUCUCUGAAACACAGCAUUCAUUGAUUAAUUCUACAGUGGAGAGCAGAGUGGCAGAAGUUCCUGGGAAUCAAGGUCAGGGUUUAUUUUGUGAGAAUACUGAUGAAAGUCAUGGUACAGCAAGUGAGAUUCAGAACCUAGAGGAGAGUUAUUCACUGAGGCACCAGUGUCCCAGGUGUCCACGAGGGUUUCUUCAUGUAGAAAACUACCUGCGCCACCUUAAGAUGCAUAAACUCUUCUUGUGUUUACAAUGUGGGAAAACAUUUACACAGAAGAAAAAUCUUAACCGGCACAUUCGAGGGCAUAUGGGCAUUCGGCCCUUUCAGUGUACUGUGUGUCUGAAGACCUUUACUGCUAAAAGCACACUUCAGGACCACUUGAACAUACACAGUGGGGAUAGGCCAUACAAGUGCCAUUGUUGUGAUAUGGAUUUCAAGCACAAGUCUGCUCUCAAAAAGCAUUUAACCUCUGUUCAUGGCAGAAGUAGUGGUGAAAAAUUACCUAGACCUGAUCUUAAAAGGCAAGAUCUGCUAUAAAUGGAAUCAUGGACUUCCUUUGUAAACUUUGUAUCAUUCUCAUAGGUUUUAGAAAUGCAGUAUUUGUAAUAAUUUUAUUGUUCCCCAUCCCUUCCCCUUUUAGGUCUGCCUCACAUGUUAUUCUUUCUGAACUUCUGACAGUUCCAAAAAAUUGUGAGAGGCAUGAAAAAGUUAUGGGACUUAUCUUGUCGUGUGUGUUACAUAUAAGUCCCAGUGGUACACUUUGAGAAAUAGUGUUUUACUUAAAUAUUUUUUAUUCUGAUGACCGAGGAUCCGACUGUAUUUGCAGAUUCUGAUUUGUAGUGUCUAGAUAAUUAAUUUAAAUGUUAAAUCCAACUAUAUAAUAACUUUAAUUAAUCAAAAUAAUGAAAGAAA